CACCCACAAAUCCAGCAAAACUUUCCCUACUUCCUUUUUUUUUCCCUUUCUCAAACCCCUUUUGGUUUUAAAUUCUCCUAGUAUAAUUCCCACGAACAUGUGUCGUCGAUUACGCACUCGUUGCCUUCUUCUUCUUCCCCUUCUCGUCACUGUUCUCGUCUCCGAUCUCUAUUCCACCUCCCACGCUGCCGUUGAUCCUCCACCCUCGUUCAGCAGCGGCGACGGGGUGGAUCAUGAUCGGCAUUAUGAAUACUCCUCCGAAUUAUUGGAUUCGUUUGUGUUGACGACGAAGUUGGAGAGGGGAGCACCGUCACCAGUGGCAUCACCGGAGAUAUUCAACGUGGAUGAUUUCGGAGCAAUGGGUGACGGAGAAGAUGAUAGUGAGGCGUUUAAAGAAGCAUGGAAGGAAGCUUGUUCGUCUACAAAUGGCAUUCUUUUGGUUCCCUAUGAAAGAACUUAUCAUCUUAAACCAAUCACUUUCUCUGGUCCUUGUAACUCUCCUCUUGUAUUUAAGAUCGAUGGGACAAUAAAAGCAUCCCCACAUCUAUCAGAUUACGAGAAAGACAGAAGGCAUUGGAUUGUGUUUCAAAAUAUGGAAGAUUUUACAGUGAAAGGUGAUGGAACCAUUAAUGGAAAUGGAAGAAAAUGGUGGUUAAAUUCUUGCAAAGUCAACAAAACUCUUCCUUGCAAGGAUGCUCCAACAGCUGUUACUUUCUAUCAAUGUACCAAUCUGAGAGUGGAAGGGCUGAGGUUCAGAAAUGCACAAAAGAUGCAUCUUUCUUUUCAGAAAUGCAACAAUGUUAAAGCUCUAAAUCUCUGGAUUUAUGCACCAGGAAACAGCCCCAACACAGAUGGCAUUCAUGUCACAGGCACCCAAUUCAUUGUCAUCGAAAACUGUCUCAUAAUGACUGGUGAUGACUGCAUUUCGAUCGUAAGCGGGUCAAAAAAUGUCCGAGCAAAGGGCAUAACUUGUGGACCAGGCCAUGGGAUCAGUAUUGGAAGCUUGGGAGCUGGGAAAUCAGAAGCUGAGGUUUCGAAUGUGGUAGUUGAUACAGCGAAGUUUUCAGGAACAUCAAAUGGAGUGAGAAUCAAGACUUGGCAGGGAGGAAAAGGGUACGCACAAAACAUAAUAUUCCAGAACAUUGUGAUGAACAAUGUGAGCAACCCAAUAAUCAUAGACCAAAACUACUGCGACCGGAAAGAACGAUGCAAACAACAGGCAGAUGCAGUACAAGUGAGUAACGUGAAGUACCGUAACAUCAGAGGCACGAGCGCUUCGGAAGUGGCGGUGAAAUUCGAUUGCAGCAAAAGCCUCCCAUGUCAGGGAAUUCUUCUGCAAGACGUGAAUCUGGUCCACAGAGGCAAAGGAGACCACAAAUCGGCCGAAGCCGAAGCUUCCUGUAAAAAUGUCAAGUUGAAGAACAGAGGAUCAGUCUCUCCACAGUGCGCCGGACGACGGCGAUGAAGAUGAUGAAAUUGGCGGACCCAAUUUCGCAAAUUCUUAAUUGGGUCACUGUAAAUUCAAAUGAUUUACACUUCAUGGCAAUUUGAUCGAGCGAGUCCACGUUGAUUUAGGGAUUUGAAUUAGUGGUUCGUUCUUCAUAGUUGGGGGUUUCUUCUUCUUCUUUUUUUUAUAAUUUGAUAAUGUAUAAUGGGGUUAUUAGUUGGGAAUAUUGUGACGAUGAUUAUAGAAAAUGAUUGAUAAAGCUUAAGCCAUAGAUUAAUUGAUUGUAUUAAUUGACAAUAACUGAAUAAAGUUGAAGCCCUAGGUUGAUUGUAUUUUAAUAAAUAAAUA